ACUCAUUCGUAAUUUUUGUUCUGAACAUUCGGCUUCAGCUAAAAUGGCAAUGAUCGUGAACAUUAUCGUAUUGUCAAUAACUUUAACAUUUGUGUCAACAGCUUCUGCUGCUACACAAUGUGUAACUGGAUGCUGGUAUAACAAUGUUUUCCAUCCUACUGGUUCAAUGGUGAGCUGUCCUGUCAUAGCACAAAAUUGUAUUGGUCGCGAUAUUCCUGGCCAAUGUUGUCCCGAAGAAUUUUGUGGUUGUACCAGAAACGGAAUUGACUAUGCAAUUGGAGAUCAAGUUCCUAGCCUUGGCACCUGUAAUACUUGUUGGUGUGAUGGCAGUGUAUCUCCACCUUUAAUCGCCUGCAACAAAUUGGAUUGUUCUUUGUCAGAAACAGCAUUACCCCCACCCUGUGCUGCACCCAAGUUUUCUGGAGGUUAUACUUACUAUGAAUUUGGAAACAUAAUGCCUAAUUAUGGUUAUGGUUGUGCCAAAUGUUUCUGUGAGUACAGCGUAGACGAGGGUCCGAAAAAGGUCUGCUACCCGGUUUGUGAAAUUUCUCUUACAGAACUUGAAAGAGCGCAAUACGAAGACCCUCCGUGGGUGUAAUUUUCAGUUUUUCAAUUUAUUGACGCAAACGACUUAUCUGUUCGUUAUUUAAAUAAAAGAAUAUUGAAUAAAAGAAUUUAAAUG